ACACCUCUCUCUCUCUCUCUCUCUCUCUCUCAUGCGUGAUGUGUGGACCCUACUUUAGCUCUUCCAACCAGCGGCGCCAUUAGUCUUUACUUAGUUUCCAAGCUCCCCCACCUCCCCCUCCCCUCUCUCUCCUCUCUUUCCUCUCUCUUUCUCUCUCAUUAGUCUGGUUGCAUACAUAGCAUGAUCCUCAUCCUCAAUUUAUUAUAAAGAAAUCCAAACACCAACCCUUCUCUCCUCUUACUCGAUCUCUCUUUUCUUUGCCUCCCCCUUCCCUCCCUCUCUAUCAACCUCAUAAACAAAUCCAAGCAAAAUCCACAAAAACCCAUCACCCCAAAAUCCCCCGCCUCCUUCCCUUCUUUUUUUUAUUCAUAUAUCAACAACAACAAAAGCCACCCACCAAUCACACACCUAGCCUAGUUUUAGCUAGAGUGAGAGAGAGAAAAAAACCCAAAAUCCCAAAAAAAAAAACAACAAAAAUACAUAAACAAAGAUGAAAGGUGAAUAUGUUGACACCAAGGGUGAAACUCAAAGCAUGUUCUCCAAGCUUCACCACCCCCACCACCUACAACACCAAACCCAGCAACACCACCAAACCCAAACCCAGCAACACCAGCAUCACCACUUCCCAAACCCAUUCCAAGCCAUCACCACCCAUCGCGAAUGCCAGACUUCCGAGGAAGAAGACACAAGCCGCACCAGCAGCGGCACCGCUACCGUCACCACCAACCCCUCCGCCCAAAACCCCAAGUCCUCAGCCGCUGCCGACCCUUCCAACCCAUCUGCCGACGGCGCCACCAUCGAGGUCAUCAGACGGCCCAGAGGCCGUCCACCUGGCUCCAAAAACAAGCCCAAACCCCCCGUCAUCAUCACCCGAGACUCUGAGCCCCCUAUGAGCCCCUACAUUCUCGAAGUCCCGGGAGGAAGCGACGUCGUCGAGGCCGUCUCCCGCUUCUGCUGUCGCAAAAACAUCGGCCUUUGCAUUCUCACCGGCUCCGGAACCGUUGCUAACGUCACUCUCCGUCAACCGUCAACUACACCCGGAGCUACUGUUACUUUUCAUGGCCGCUUCGACAUCCUGUCAAUCUCCGCCACCUUCCUCCCCCAAACGACACCGUCCUGCCCCGUCUCCGUCCCCAGCGGCUUCACCAUCUCCCUCGCUGGCCCGCAAGGCCAGAUCGUCGGCGGCUUAGUGGCCGGGGCCCUCGUGGCGGCUGGGACUGUGUACGUCAUCGCCGCGUCGUUUAACAACCCGUCUUAUCAUCGGCUUCCCGGGGAAGACGAGGCGGUUAGGAACUCUGGUUCGGGUGAUCCCCACUCGCCGCCGUUGUCUGGGGGUGUGGAGAGUGGGGGGCACGCGCCGCAGCCAUCGCAGUCAUGUGGGAUGUCCAUGUAUAGCUGCCACUUGCCUACUGAUGUCCUCUGGGCUCCAACUGCAAGGCAACCACCACCUCCACCGCCUUACUGAAAAUGUUAAUUUUCUGUUUUUUUCUCUUUUUGUUGUGGGGUUUUUGGUUUCUUUGGUUUCCCUUGAAAUGGGUACUUAGUGGUUACUGUGAAUUUAGAACUUAGAAGCUGUUUCUCUUACU